AACAAAUCAGAUACAGGAGUAUAAAAAAACCAGCUGAAUUAGAGACCCUUUUGCUGUUUUUUUCAUUCAAAUUUCAAGAACUUGCUGUUUGGCAUUGAUUCAGGUCACAAAGAGCAUUCUUCUUCAAUCCAUCAUCCAAAAUUGUAUGGGGGUAUCUUGUUCAUGUCCACUUAGUUUCUUCUUUGAUUUGGAGAAUGGAUUUGAAUCAGUGCUUACAAAUUCGUCCAAACUUGAGAGUGAUGAGAGGAGCACACCGGUUCGAUCUUCGAGCUUCAAUGGGAAGCUCUCGAGAGAAGGAUCUCUCAGGUUUCGAGCCAAGAAAACUCAAACCAUGAGAUUCAUUGAGGCUCAAGUCGAUGAUCAAGAAUCGGUUGCCUUGUUGUCUAGAUCGGGGAACACCAUGCCACAGCCAAAUUCAUUGAUCCUGGAUCCGAGCAGCCCCAAACACGAGGCUGCUAUAAAGUUGCAGAAGGUCUACAAGAGCUUCCGGACAAGGCGAAAGCUUGCUGAUUGUGCUGUUUUGAUUGAGCAGAGCUGGUGGAAGGUGUUGGAUUUUGCAGAGCUCAAGAGGAGCUCCAUUUCGUUCUUUGACAUUGAGAAGCACGAGACAGCAAUCUCUCGUUGGUCAAGAGCAAGAACAAGGGCUGCCAAGGUUGGAAAAGGUUUGUCACAGAAUAGCAAAGCUCAGAAACUCGCGUUGCAGCACUGGCUCGAAGCUAUUGACCCACGACACCGUUAUGGACACAAUCUACAUUUUUAUUACUUGAAUUGGCUGAAUUCUCAAAGCAAAGAGCCCUUCUUCUACUGGCUGGAUAUAGGAGAGGGGAAGGAAGUUAACCUUUCGGAGAAGUGCCCUCGUUCUAAGCUUCAACACCAGUGCAUCAAGUACCUUGGACCGAGGGAGAGAGAGGCUUACGAAGUUGCAGUGGAAGACGGGAAGCUCUUGUACAAGAAAACAGGGGAGCUUCUUGACACCAUAGAUGAACCAAAGGGUUGCAAGUGGAUAUUUGUCCUUAGCACGUCCAGGACCUUAUACGUAUCACAAAAAAAGAAAGGCUCGUUUCAGCACUCUAGCUUCUUGGCCGGAGGAGCCACGCUGGCUGCUGGGAGGAUCGUAGCUGACAAAGGCGUCCUAAAGGCGGUCUGGCCUCACAGUGGGCAUUACCGGCCUACAGCCGAGAAUUUUCAAGAUUUCGUAUCAUUUCUCAAGGAUAACUAUGUGGAUCUUGACAAAGUUGAGUUCGAUUCUGUUGAUGACGAGGAUAAAGAAUCAGUCGGGAAGCACAUGAGAAACAUCUCCUCCGGAGACGACUUGACUGAAAGAGAGCAGCUGGAUAUGAAAGAACACAUUGUCGAAUACAAGGUUAACUCGUCCGAGCUACAUGCGCCACGUAGCUCUAGCAACCUCACUCUCCAGAUACCGAGUAGAGAUUUCUUAUUAGAAAGGCUAAACAUUGAAGUGAAAACAGCUGAAUCCCCAACCAGAAGCUUCAUCCUAGCAGAAGAGCCUCCUGCUCCAAAAUCAGGCAACGGUGUGGUACAGAUCAACAUCUCCGAGGAAAAAGAAGAAGACACGAAAGAGGAGACAAUCAUGGAGGAAUCCAUACUCCAACGAAUUAACUCACACAAGGGAACAAUGUCCUACCAAUUGGGGAAGCAACUGUCUUGCAAGUGGAGCACGGGAGCUGGACCUCGGAUUGGCUGCUUGAGAGACUAUCCACAGGGGCUCCAGACUCACGCGUUGGAGCAAGUGAAUCUAUCUCCACGAAGCAGACGCCGCCUGAGAAUCAACUUCCCUUCUCGUGCAUCAACGCCAUCCGGGAGCAACCUUUCUCGCGCGAGCAGCUGCAGCAUUGGAUGCAGUUCUAUCCUAUAAAGGCACUAGUUUUUUUUAGCAACUAGUGAAGCAGGUUCAAUUCUUUCAUUCAAUUCAUUCCUAGUACUAUUCUACUUAGGAAUAUUUUCAGUUAUUCAUUGAUGAUGUUUCGAACAGGAACAUAUUUUUUUUCGUUCUUUCCAUCCCAAAAAAUGAGGUGGACACUGUAAAAUCUUGUGGAGUUUUGUAUAAAUCACAAUUCCCUUGAAAUUCAAUACGAAAAUUUUA